CGGGCACUUGUUUCAAUAGACGCCAUGACACCCCAUCAUCUGUUUACAAGAGGCUGAGAGGUUGACGUGAGGCUGUGUGACAUGUCGCCCUAAGGAAGCAGAUGUGACAUGUGUCCCUAAGACCGCCCCUGCCUCCACCACCACGGUCCUCUCGCCCUCACAGUUGGCCCUGGAUGCGCCCUCCAGCUGGCCCUGAACAUGGCACAGUGCAAGCUCACGCCUCACGAGUAUAUUCAAAACGCCUUCGCUCCGCAAGUGGCCAUCCUGUGUAGUGAAGAUGCCGAUAAUCUCUGCCUCAAGAAUAAUUUAAGAUUCGUGGAAUUAAUACAGCCUUUCUGUCGGCUUAAUAAUGAGAUACGUAUUGCUGAUCCAUCUGGCAACACUGUGCCUGUUCGAAAUCUUCGGGUGGUUUUCGAAGACAUGAACCGACGACCGCCUCAGCCCACUCUUGGCAAGAAGCUACUAAGUGAGGUAGUGAGCACGACACCUUGGGAUAGGCCAGUUACCAGGACAGUGGGCGCUUCUGGAACUCGAGACGCUUUGGAACUAGAACUACAACCAACAACUCCUUGGUUUGAAGCUUGGCGGGAUACAUUUCUUCAUGUUCAGUAUCCCUCGGACCAUGAAUUUACAAAGCAUUAUAUUGCAUGUAUUGUGGUAGUAGCAUCAACAAGUGAAAAUCCAAUGGACCAGCUCAACAGAUUAUCUCAGUACCAACACCAGCAGCUACACCAGACACCAGCACGCUUCCCCAAGUGGUUUUCUCCAAAUAUCCUCAAGUUUUAUCUUCUCAUUCAUGAUGUGACAGUUGGAGACCUAACGAAAUCAGAACAAGUGUUUGAACAGAUGACUAGCAUGUAUGGUAGCAGUAACUGCCACCUGUUACAAAUCAACUCUCGACACACGGACCAAACGGAUGUUCACCUACCUGACCCCUGGAGCCAGUUCCUUAUUCAAAGAGCAUCCUGUGAUCCGAGUGGAGGGAGCAGUUCAGAAGCUAGCAGUGGAACAGGGACUCCCCGGGAGGACGUGAGUGGCCUCCCGUCCCGUGUUACCGAAGGCGACACAACUGAUAACUGUGAACCGAUACAUCCUCUUUCUCCGACAGUACCUCCAAUAGAUGAAAAAAAUGGGACUUACGACAUGAUGCCUGGGGUAGAGAUAUCACCUGAUGUUCCUGUGAUGGUGAAUAGACCUAGCUUGCCAGCUGGGUCAGUUCAACACCAUGGUGGUUGCUUAACUUCGUCUGAUGUUGACCGCAUACGUAUAUUUGUUCAUGAAUUUUGUGUACGAUCAUUAAUUCCUCAUGUGGAAAGGCAGGUAAGAUACUUGAAUGAUGUAGUAACAAAUAGAUCACGCUCCAAGUCUCUUCUGAGUGCCACACGACGUUGGCUUGUUGGGAAUAAGAGUCCUGGCAGUGCCACAAAUUCUGUCAUAUACAGUCCUGAAGCCACUGAACUUCAAACAAGGCGGCUUGGAGACUUGUGUUUUAUGUUUGGACUUUACGAACUAUCAUAUAGUUUUUAUCACACAGCAAAGAAUGACUUUAAAAGUGAUCAAGCGUGGCUGUAUUUUGCCGGUGCACAGGAAAUGGCUGCACUUGCCGCGUUUAUGCAGAACAGUUCGGAUUAUCCCAAGCGCUACUUAGAAAACAGUUUGCAGACCUACUUAAAUGUUUGCAAGGUGUAUAACUUUGCUAUACGAUCAACAUUACUCAGCUCAGAAGUUCUAAAACAUUGUGGAGAAUACGGCGAAGCGGCAAUGAUGUUUAUCAAGCUUACUUCAGAGGAGAGCGAUUUGUUGUCGGCGCUUAUGUUAGAACAAGCAGCUCACUGUUUCAUUAAUUCACAGAGGCCACUACCACGAAAAUAUGCUUUUCACAUGACUCUUGCAGGACACCGAUUUAGCAAAGCGGGGCAGCGAUCACAUUCUUUACGAGCAUACAAGCAGGCUUUCCAGGUGUAUGCAACUCGAGGUUGGGGCCUUGCAGAAGAUCACAUUCACUUUACCUUAGGAAAGCAAGCUCACUAUUUAAAGCAGCUUACAGAGAGCUUGGAAGCUUACAGUCAUCUGGUGGACCAAAGACUAAAGCAAAAUGCUUCCAGCCAACAGUCUUCUUCCCAGCAGAUGACUUAUGUGAGGGAAUUUGUCAACACUUUUCAUCAGUAUGUUCAGCAGGAAUGGGAUCCCUCAACUGGUCUCCCUUGUCUUCCACUUCCAUUAAUUAACUCUCAAGCAACUCGAGUCUUGUUGGGAGCUCCUCAAGAUUCUUCAAGAAGUUUGGAAUGGACACCUGCAUCUCAUGUGUCAUUAGACAGUGAUCUGACUAAUAAUGAACGAUGGUUUUCAUUAGAACGAAACUUGCUCGAGACAAGUCAAGGCUCGUCUUUGGUAUUUCGGCCAAAUUUGCAAUUACUCAGUAGUGACACCCCAAAUACGCAGAGCCCUGUUGUUCCUGUAAAUGAACCUGUAUUAGUUGAGGUUUUGAUGGAAAAUCCUUUAGAAGUGAGUUUAAUGAUCAGUGAUAUUCGAUUGGUUUUCACGUUUGUGCCAGAAAAUAAUGUUGAUGUCAAUGAUGCUCCUGUAAAAGACUUUUUAUAUUCUGGGUUUAAUCUCCCAGCUGGUGCUCAGGAAAAAGUUAGAUUAGAAUUACAUCCCCAGUGUAUAGGAAAACUGUUAAUAAAAGGGGUGGUAUAUAAACUUUGCCUUACGCCUGACAUGACCUCGGCACCGCCUCCUGGGUCUUCUUCAUCUCCUGUAAUUAUUGAAGGUCAGCAGUUCGUGGAAGUCAAGGGACCACGACUGAAUAACACAUCUGCAGAGAAGUGCAGCGUCGUUUAUGCAUGUGAUAAGAGAUUAGAAAUUACUGUUGUGCCACCAAUGUCUCGGCUAAAUGUAUCAUUUCAUGACAUACCUCAGAUUCUCAGCUGUGGUGAGUUGUGUAGUACAGAUGUGUUGAUAACAAAUGUAGGGCCAUGUCCAGUGAGUAAGCUUAUGCUGGCUGUGUCCGAUCCUAACCAUGUGUACCUGGACACAAACGAAACUGGGUUACCAGCUAAGCACAUAUGUGUCCUGUCUGAUUUUGAAACUGCAGAUAGCAAAAUUACUAAUUGGACUGCGGAAUUAACAUUACCCAAUGGCCUAUUGAAUUCUGGUGAUGUUUUAAAUGCCAAAUUGUGUCUUCAUGCACCCAUGACACCUGGAGCAUUUGAUGUGGAACUGCUCUUCUACUAUGAAACUCUGAAUUCACCUGGAAGGAGCAAAUAUCGGUUGGUACGACACUUCAGUAGUAUAUAUGUGGAAAGAAGCCUAAGUUUGCAGGUCUCUUCCACAAUAAGUCAAAAUCUUCAAGAAUCAUUAGAGCCCCAAGAAGGCGAAAAUAGAAUUUGCAGCUACACAUCCAACCUCAUUAUAGAAGCUCACAACAACUCUGAGGUAGACAGCAGCUGCAGCUCAUUCACAGUGAUUGGGUUGAGUGGGAACAGUGAGAAGUGGGCAGUUGUACCUCAUGCAAAUUUGCAAGGUCAACAGCUGAAAUCUGGAGAAUCUUCCCAUCUGGGUGUCAAGUGCAUUCAACAUCACAACACAAAAGGCUGCGUGCUGAUCCUGUCACAGCUUCACUUUGGCAGUUGCCAGGUCCCUCUGAACUCUUGGUGGCGCUUUUCACUAAGAGAACGCAUAAGUCUUCUAGACCUUGUGACUGAUCCUUCACCACCAAACCCAACGUCAGAGCACAUCCCUCCGCCACCAACCCCAACUCAAGAAGAGGCAAACCGCAUUAUUGCUGCGAAUAGUUUAGACAUGGUAGUUACUGUUUUGUGGAAGGGAGAAAGAGGUGGGCGUGAGACUUGGGGUCAACAUAGCAUUCAUCUGAAGAACCUUGGAGAUAGUGUAAGCAUACCCAGUUUACCUCUGGGCCACGCUGGAGAAGAGGAGAAGCCCCCUAUAAGAAUCAUUCCAGAGACCCCCUUACAGCUACUACAGUCUCCUCUUCCUGCAGCUUCCAAACAAAAGCACUUUGUCAAGAUCUCUGCUCAGUUUCCCGACUGCCUGGACCACGAUUUUAUUGCUAACAGAUUAUGCAGUCUUGAGUUUGAACUUUGUUUGCACAACUGUAGUGCGUGUCACCUUACAACAUUCCUCAAUCUGUGCCCUGAAGGCUUCUCUGGCAGUGGUGGAAGUGUGAGCAGUCACGUGUACUCACCCCAGGCCAGUACUCAACUGUUAUAUGUAGGAGGAACUGUACGCAAGGUUUCCCUCUUGCCGUGGGGAUGUAGUGUAGUUCCUGUCCGUGUUUUGAUAACGUGUCCUGGUACAUACAGCUUAGGCGUCUUCUCUGUGACUGCCUUGAGGCGAAAUGCUGCCGCAGAUAAAGCUGAGCAACCUAUACCACAAGCUUGCCAGUUGCAGACUGCUGUUACAGUUAGACAGGUGUCUCAAGGAAACCAUCACCUCAUACACAAUACAUGAUUGAUUUAAUGGGGGAGAGGGUAAACAGGGAAAUGUAGGUCUUUCUAUCUUUGUCUGUAUUAAUAAUUUCAUUAGCAAUGUAUAUUGUAUUACUGUUCCCCAAAAGAUUUGUUAGUGAGGGCAAUAGUGCCUGCUCUGUCUCGGUGCUUCUGUAAGAUAAGUUAUUAUACGAGACAGCAAUUCCACGCCUCCCAGCCACACACACACACACACACACACCUUUCUUAUGUGCCUGACUUUUGGUAGAAAGUUUGAGGCUUGUGAUUAUGUGAAAAAUAAGUUGUUCCUCAAAGUAUUUCUGCCAGGUCGCAGUGCUAGCAUAUACAAUACCUGCUCUCUUCGGUUUUCUUGUGAAUGAUCAGCAGGUAUUUAAAGGUAAGGUGCCCUGGGAUGAAACUCAGUUGUAUUUACCUAUUUGUACAGUUAUUUGUAAAUUUCCUAAGUAGGUAGUGGAUAUGUUUUCCUAAUUACAAAUAGAUUUAUCUUGUAAAAUUUUGUGUAGAAUAAUUGUUAAUUAUAUCAAUUAAAGAUAUUUUAUGUGAAAAAGAGAUUUUCAGACCAUCAUUUAUAGUAACCCUAUGCAAAGCAAACUUUUAUAAUUAAUGUUACUCAGAUCUGAAUUAUAAGUAAACACAAAUAAA